AUGACUGUGAUUUUGGGAACCACCAUCAUACAAUCUGAUACAGAAAAACUAAAGAAAGUAGUAGAUACAAUCCCAAGAUUCACAUAUCAUAAAGGAUUUUCACCAUUAGCAGGUGGUUAUACCACAGAUAAAAAUUGGGGAUGUUGCAUUAGAUCUGGUCAAGGAUUACUUAUGCAAUUUGUGUCGAAAUUAUAUCAAUUAUACGGAGAUAAAAUCAAAAAUAUAUUUCCAAAUGGUUCAAAAUUUGAAUUGUUUUUUGAUCACCCACAAGCGCCAUUUGGAAUCCAUUGUAUAUGCAGAGAGUUAGAAACAUUCGGAGUCAAAGCAGGAGAAUGGGUUAAACCUUCAAUGCUCGCUCCAGUUUUCAAAGAUUUAUUAUCAUUUUUCGGAAUUCAUGUUGUUAUUGCAGAAAAUGGGUGUUUAUCACGUGAGUCACUUCGUGAGGCCCUCAGUUACGGCCAUCCAGUUUUGCUUCUCUUUACUUUGAUGCUUGGAUACAAAGAUUUUGACCUAAAAUACUUACCAUUCCUCAGACUUACAUUAUCACUGAUAUACCAAUCAGUUGGUGUUGUCGGAGGCCAACAGGGAAAAGCGUAUUAUUUAGUUGGCCAUCAAAAAGAGAAUUUGUUAUAUUUUGAUCCACAUGAAGUUUACGAUUCUGUUACGAAACUCGAUAAUAUGAAUUUACUGUUCAAAGCGCAAUUAAAAAAGAUGCAAUCUUCGCAAUUAAGCUCAUCUAUGCUUGUGGGAUUCUACAUUACAAGUAUGCAGGAUGCUGAAGAGCUGCCAAUGCUAUUAAGCGCGUCUGGAGAAUGUCCAAUUCAAAUUGUUGAUAAAAUUGACCCUGUAAAAACAACCCACGUAGAAGACGACUGGGAAGUUGUGAAUAAUUAA